AAAACUGCCGCUCUCAGAUUCCUCACAAGGUUGGAGCCACGGUUUCUUAGUCCUCAGGAGAAGAGAGAGAAAACCCAUUUUCAAUCUUCUCAUAGUUUCUGCAGAAAAGAAGAGAGAGAAAGCCAUUUCAAGCCUCUUAGACCUUCUGGAGAAAAGAGGAGAACGAAAAUCCAUCUCAUUUUCUUGCGAAAACACUCAGUAGAGAAGGGAAAGAGAGAAAACCUAUCUGAAUUCUGUGAAAACAUUUUUUUGCAGAAAGAAGAGAUACCCACUUGAGUUGUUGCAAAGUAACGUCGGAAAUGGCUAAUUUUUCAAAUGGUGGGCGUUAUUUCUGGCUUUGUGUGGCCAUGGUCGUUGCCAUUAACACGCUCAGGGGAGAUUCAUACGAGUAUAAAGUUGCUGUAACUGGAAAGUGGCUUGAACCCCCAUUUAAUAGAACUGAAGUCUAUAAUCAGUGGGCAUCAAAGACGAGGUUUCGUGCAGGAGAUUCACUUUACUUCAAGUACAAAGAGCCAGACUGUCUCCUUGUGGUGAGCCAAGAGGACUACUCUAAAUGCAACUCUACUAAUCCUCUCUCUCUCUACAAUGAUGGAGAGACCGUCUUCAACCUCACAAGGCCAGGCCUCUUCUUCUUCAUCAGUGGAAUCCCCUCUCAUUGCCAAAAGGGCCAAAGACUCAUUGUUAGGGUUCUUGGCGACAUGCCAUAUGGCAGCCCACCAGCACUCCCCCCAAGCUACCCGUUCCCACUACCACCACAGCCUUAUUCCCUCUCUCCUUCUCCUUCACCUCUGCCGAAUUUCGCAAUUCCGUCCAUGCCCUCCACUUUCUCUCUCUACAUGGCUUCCUCCCUUCUCUCUACUCUAGCACUCUUUCUAUUCAAUAAAUUGUAAUGUGAUUCUUAGUUGAAGUUGUGUUUUGUGUGUUGGCUUAGUUUGUGUCGGAUUCCGUCGAACAUUUGGUAUUGUGUCGCAGAUUCCGGAGAACAUUUAGAGUUAUGUUUCUUUAUUAGUGGUUAUAAGUAAGAUAUUUGAUAUAUUUACAUGCAUAGUGAGGCGAUUGGUAAGGGAUAGGGUGUUUCAGUGUGUCAGAUUCCGGCCAUUGUUUUAAGUUUUCUUAUUCUUAUUUUUGUUGUUGUGCUAGGCUUUGGUGAAUGGAUUGUAAUACGUUGUGAAUUUGAUUU